AGGCCGCGGCUGACUACAGGCCUGCGCUUUCCGUCACACAGCGCCACCUCCUUGUGUGAAGGGCAGGUUGCGGCCCACCGCGCCUUGCGGUUUUGGGAGCACAAAUAACGCUCCUCUGUGGUGCAGAAUAAACGCGUCCAAUGCGCACGGAGGAGAACCUGUUAUGUCUGCCAUGCGUGAAGCACGUAAGGUUCUCAUUUGACAUCUACUGGUUUUCACGCCAAGACUGACAUGUUUGCCGGCUGCAGCGCUGCAAAGAGGCUUUGUUGGUGCAAGCUUCUUUAUAUUCAUCUGGUCCAAACCAGGUCCCUGUCUGGGGCUGAUGCUGUCAAUGCUUUAAGACCAUUCUAUUUUGCUGUGCACCCUGAUUUCUUUGGACAGCACCCAAGAGAGAGAGAGAUCAAUGAAAACUCACUAAAGAGGUUGAAUGGAUAUCUGGAAAAUCUUCAAAAACCAGGUCUUAGGAAACACAAACCUGCUCAACUUACAUUUUAUGUUCGAGAAACGGUACAGAACUCUGAGAGUGAUCACGACUCAACACGGGAUCCAGCAGGAAGAAGACAGAGCGCGCUGGAGGUGAGGAGCGGCGGCAUCCAGGAGCAAGAGAGGUGCAUCUUAUCAUCGGGCUUUCGAUCAGUUAGCUUCACUUUAGAUUCCAGGGACCUUUUGAGCACCGUUGUGGGCAUUCUAAAUUCCUGCAGCUUGUCCACUGACCAUGUACAAAGCUCAGCAGAUAGUAUGGCCUCUACAAAGACAGCCACAUCAUCUUUCUACAGGCCCAUAAAAUGGGACAAGACGUUUUAUUCCUUCACUGGAUACAAGAACCCUGAAGAGGAGCUGAAGCAAGCACAGAAAACGGAAAUAACCAUUAUUUCCUGGAUACAAAGUAACCAAGAAGUAGCGCAGAAAAAGCUGAGCAAUAGUAUUCCUCUAAGGGAAGAACUGGAACGUCUGAAAACAGAGCUGUCCGACCAGCUUCAACUUUCUGGUAUCCGAUGGCAGAGAAGCUGGGGUAUAGCUCAUCGCUGCGGCCAGCUGCACAGUUUAGGACGUCUUAUGAAACAUAAUUCUGAGUCCCUGAAGAUGGCAAAAGGACACACAGUCAUAUUCACAGACCAGACGGGCAUGAGUGCAGCUGGACACGUCAUGUUGGGGACAAUGGACGUUCAUCACCACUGGACCAAGCUCUUUGAAAGGUUACCCAGCUUCUGUGUACUUCAGGGAAAGUUGCUGCAGCUACAGGAUAGGAUAAGCCAUCUCCUUGGGGGCAUUGAAAUAGUGCACAUUGAGGAACUGCAGCCAUUGUUGACAAUGGAGGAGCAUUACUCUGUCCUUCAUGCAUUCUGCAAAAAGCUGCUAAACCGGAGAGUACCCAUUCACCCACGCAGUUUACGUGGACUGCAGAUGACGCUGGAAUAUGAUCAUUUUGUGCCACGUUUACAUGAGAUGGGACAUUUCAUCAUACCAACCGUGUGUGACCCUCCAUCUUUACAGUGGUUUCUUCUGGCUAAUACUCAACAAGCAAGAGAAAAGUUAAAAAGAAAAGAAGAGUUGAAAAUUGAAGAACAAGAGUUAACCAAAGCAUGCAAAGCCAGUGCAUCACUAAGUAGACUGUAUAAGGAGCCCAGCAUAUCCUGUGAGCAGAUGAUUAACUGUUGUCAACGGCUGAUUGAGGAACCAUUGCCCAACUUGAUGGGGAUGCAUCUGUGUGUCUCUCAUUACUACUCUGUGUUGCAAGAUGGAGACUUAUGUAUUCCCUGGAACUGGAAGAGCUGAAACAUAGCACAUUAUGUGCUUGGCAACAGCAAUAUGACUGUUUCUAUAUAUUUCUACAAAGUUAAAAUAUAUGAGAACAGGUACCCUGGAUUCAAGUCUGGGCAGAUACGUUAAUUAAAAUAUAUUUAUUUUUAUUUUAA